AUGGUCAAAGUAACUCAGUCCUCGGGACAAGGCAUCACUAGUACUACUCUGUCCACACCAACGAAAUCACCAACUACAAUUACAACAGCAACAAAUACAACACCAAAAGCAACAACAGCAUCAAAUACAAUAACACCACCACCAACAACAAAAACACCAAGUACAACAACCACAAAAACACCAAGUACAACCACAAAAACACCACCAAAUACAACCACAAAAACACCACCAAAUACAACCACAAAAACACCACCAAAUACAACCACAAAAACACCACCAAAUACAACCACAAAAACACCACCAAAUACAACCACAAAAACACCACCAAAUACAACCACAAAAACACCACCAAAUACUACCACAAAAACACCACCAAAUACAACCACAAAAACACCACCAAAUACAACCACAAAAACACCACCAAAUACAACCACAAAAACACCACCAAGUACAACCACAAAAACACCACCAAAUACAACCACAAAAACAACAACAAAAUCAACCAUAAGAACAACAAUAAAAUCAACAAUUUCACCAUCAAGUUUAACCACACCAACAAAGCAAACAACACCAUCAACAGCAGCAGCAUUAAAGACACCCACAACAACAACUACACCAUCGCAAAUAACAACCAUCGAACAUAUCAACAUAACAACUAAAGCAACAAAUUCAACAAAUGAAACUUCAAAAGCAUCAACAACACAGAAUGGAAUUACAAGCCCGAUUUUCUCAUCUACGGCAAGCUCUGCAUUAUUCUCUCAAAAGAAUUCAAUCACUACAGUCCAGUCAAAUCAUCCUGUAGCUUCUACUUCCAAAGCAUCGAUAACAAAUCCUAGUUCGGCUGGUACGAACGUACACCAUCCUAUGUCAUCCACAACACCUGUUCAUUUAUCUGUACCUCCAAAGCCCGGUACUCCCGCCAACAGUUCGUCUGCUAACUACGACCACGAACUCGCCAUUAUAUUUGGUGUGAUGCUAGGAUUGAUGAUUCUAGCUAUAUUUAUCUUCUGUGUUUACCGCUGUUACAAGAAAGACAAGGAAGAAUCAUACAUGGAGGGUGGGGGUGACAUCUCAAUCAAAAUGUCUAAAUUCUGA